AUGUCUUGUGAAGACGAACACUUCCAGUCCCACCCCCAUUCCCAUUCACACGAUGGCGAAGAAGGUCACAGUCAUAUAGCGCCCACGCCAACCAGCGAGUCGUUAUCGUUACACAGUAAGAUCGAUACUGACCAUGUAACGGCGCUCAAUUUACAAAACCCACCCAGUGAGUUGAGCAAAGUGUUCAGGAUCCCCAGUGAAAAGUAUCGGUUGAAACCGGUGAUCAAGCUGGAUUGUGACGCUCAAUUGAUUAUAAAUAUUCCCUUUAUUAAUAGCCACGUUAAAUUAUACUCAAUCAUCCUAAGAACCAAUGGAACAAAGUACUGUCCUAAAACAAUCAAGUUAUGGAAAAAUGACCCAUCAAUUGACUUUGAUAACGUUGAACUGAAGAAACCACUUUUUAUAAUAUCCCACCCGCUAGUGGGAGUCAACUACGACGACGACGACGACGACGAAAUGCCCGACUCUUUGGAAUCCGAUUCAGAGUUUGUCGAACACUACUUACCGCGCCAUGUAUUCACCGGAGUCCAACAUUUAACCGUCUUUCUCGAAAACAUCCAUGAUGAUGAAGAAGAUGAAUGCCAUCUACAUUACAUAGAACUAAGAGGAGAAUCUACAGAACUCACCAAGGACCCGGUCAUCUCAAUCUACGAGCUGGCCCCCAACCCAGCAGACCAUAAAAACAUCAUGGCCCAGGAGUCAGGUGGGUUCUCCUUGGGUAAUUGA